GGAGCUGGAGCGCAGGCGGAGGGGAAGGCGGCGGCAGAGGCAGCUUCUCCCUCGCGCUGGUGUGCCAUUCAUCAGUCCUCAUCCUCUCUCUCUCUCCUCUUCCAGAUCCGCGUCUUUGCUCAAGCCGAGGAGGUGGGAAGGAAGGGAGAGAGGCAGAAGCCCACGAGAGCACGCCGCACGAAACUUGGCGGAAACUUAAGAGAAUGCUCCAAAAGUCCGCGCUUCUCUUGCUGCUGGCGCUGGCUGCUGCGGCAGCAUCCUACGAAGUGGAGCAGAAUGACUCCGUCGGCCCCAGGAAGGCGAGGCUUGCAGCCCAACACUCAGCGGAUGUGGUUCGAUGUUUAAAUAGUGCCCUCCAGGUGGGAUGUGGUGCUUUUGCCUGCCUGGAAAACUCCACAUGUGAAACAGGCGGGAUGUACGACAUCUGCAAGUCCUUCCUCUACAGCGCUGCUAAAUUUGACACUCAGGGGAAAGCCUUUGUGAAGGAGAGCUUGAAGUGCAUCGUGAAUGGCGUCACAUCCAAGGUUUUCCUUGCCAUUCGGCGGUGCUCCACAUUCCAGCGGAUGAUUUCCGAGGUGCAGGAGGAGUGUUAUAGCAAGCUGAACAUCUGCGGGAUUGCGAAAAGGAACCCAGAAGCAAUCACAGAAGUUGUCCAGCUCCCGAACCACUUCUCAAACAGAUAUUACAACAAGCUUGUGAGGAGCUUAUUGGAAUGCGACGAAGAGACAGUGGGAACCAUCAAAGACAGUUUGAUGGCCAAAAUUGGACCAAACAUGGCCAGCCUCUUCCACCUCCUGCAGACGGAUCACUGUGCCCAGCUGCACCCCAGAGCAGACUUCAGUCGGAGGCGUCUCCCUGAGCCUCAGAAGCUAAAAAUCUAUUUCAGGAAUCUGCGGGGGGAGGGGACUGCUCAGUCCCACAUGAAACGUACUUCCUCCGAAAGUGUGUAAUGUGGCACAAGAGGGUGGAAGAGUAGGGAAUCCAAGCUCUACCAAAGUAGGAAAUUGCUCACUCUUUUUUUUCCUCCUUUAGCAUUCACUACACAUCAGAAAUGUACUGUAGCUGAUUUUGAAGAACACUGAGCCAAUCUAUACAUUCAAAAAAUCAAAACAAGAAGAGCAUGUGAUAUACUCCUCCUUGGAUUAUACUACAGGGAGGCUGGGGUAGUUGCAGAUCUAAAUGCUUGAUUUGGGUAGAACUCAUGCAAAGAUACGUUAAAGCUUGCAUAGCUGCAAAAGCUUCACUAGACCCUUUUCCAGCUUUCCACUUGUAGGGUGUUUUGGAAUGCCCCCUCGCUCACCCCAUCAAGCAAUCUUGUCUCUACAGUCUGAAGUGUUACAGGAACUCUAUACCACAUGCUUGGUAUGAAUGUAUAGACUGGCCCUGAAAUCUGGUCUUUGUAUCUUUUUGAUUUUCUGUCCCCCUCCUCAAUCAAGCUGCAUGGAACUAGGUGUCUGGAUAGGGAUAGGAAGCUAAUGUCUUAUCUUCCUGAAAUGGAGGCGGCCCCUUUUCUCCCCCUCCCUACCACCUCCCCAGGAAGAAAUCCAGUGAAUCUUGGCUUUUUGUUUUUGAAAGCAAUCAUUUCAGCACUUCUUCAGCAAACACCAAACUUUCACCGUACUGUAGCUCAGA